AUGUCAGACAAUAGCAUUGAGGCUGCCAGUGGGGGAGCCUGGAGGUUGUACAGUGCUGCCUGGGCCUCCUCUGAUGAGACACGUCUGCUUAAAACUCUCUUCACUGGUUACAACAAGAUCGUCCGUCCUGUUACUCACUUCAAGGAUCCAGUGGUUGUUACUGUGGGCCUUCAACUCAUCCAGCUCAUUAGUGUGGAUGAGGUCAACCAGAUCGUCAGCAGCAAUGUGCGACUGAAACAGCAAUGGAAAGACGUGAACCUGCAAUGGAACCCAGAGGAUUACGGUGGCAUCACAAGGAUCAGAGUUCCCUCAACUGACAUUUGGCGACCUGAUUUGGUCCUUUACAACAACGCAGAUGGUGACUUUGCCAUUGUUCAUGAGACCAAAGUGCUGCUGGAGUACACUGGAAUGAUCACGUGGAAGCCACCUGCCAUCUUCAAGAGCUACUGUGAAAUCAUUGUGCUUCAUUUCCCCUUUGACCUCCAAAACUGCAGUAUGAAGCUGGGUACCUGGACAUAUGAUGGGAACCUGGUCGUUGUCAAUCCUGACAGUGACCGCCCCGAUCUGAGUCACUUUAUGGAAAGUGGAGAGUGGGUGAUGAAGGAUUUCCGUGGCUGGAAGCACAGGGUGGUGUACUAUUCCUGCGGCCCAGACACCCCAUACCUGGACAUCACCUACCACUUCCUAAUGUAGCGGCUUCCGCUGUACUUCAUUGUCAACGUCAUCAUCCCCUGCAUGCUCUUCUCCUUCCUGACUGGCCUGGUCUUCUAUCUUCCUACAGAUUCUGGUGAGAAGAUGACUCUCAGCAUCUCUAUCUUGCUGUCCCUGACUGUGUUCCUGCUGGUCAUUGUGGAGCUGAUCCCCUCUACUUCCAGCGCUGUACCACUCAUUGGAAAAUACAUGCUUUUCACCAUGGUCUUUGUCAUUGCCUCCAUCAUCAUCACUGUCAUUGUCAUCAACACUCACCACCGCUCCCCAAGCACUCACACGAUGCCGGACUGGGUCCGUAAGGUCUUUAUUGAAACCAUUCCCAAAAUCAUGUUCUUUUCAACAAUGAAGCACCCUGGCAAAGAAAAGCAGAAAAAAAGCAUUUAUGGUGCUGAUUUUGACAUCUCAGACAUCUCUGGCAACCAGACCUGUGCUGCCCCCUACCAGUCAUCCAUCACCAAGAACCCCGAAGUCCGCAGUGCCAUUGAAGGAGUCAAGUACAUUGCAGAAACCAUUAAAUCAGACGAGGAAUCAAACAGUGCUGCUGAAGAGUGGAUGUUUGUGGCCAUGGUGUUGGAUCAUAUUCUGCUGUGUAUCUUCAUGGGUGUGUCUCUCAUUGGCACAUUAAGUGUGUUCGCAGGUCGCCUCAUUGAGUUGAGCAUGCUGUAAAGGCCCAUGCUUUAUGUUUUACCAGGGUAACUUCUUAGAUGACAUGUUUCAUGCUCAGUUUGAAUUGUAUACAGUCACAAGCUGAAGCGCAGUGUAGAUUAGUGUUUUGCCAAAUCCUUUAUGAUCUUUAUGACAUAUGUGACUGAAA